AUGUUAUUAGCAACACAAUUAGAAUAUCGUAUACAAAAUGGUUAUCCAGUAAAUCCUGGUGAAUUUCCAAUGAUUGUAUUAUUACUUGGUAAUACACAUUUAUGUACUGGAACAAUUAUAGCACCUGAUAAAGUUUUAACAGCUGGACAUUGUGCAUGUGGUGAUCCAACAUAUGAAGUUCAUGCAAAUUUAACACAUAUUGAUGAACGAUUUUCACCUUAUACACAAUUUCGAUUCGGUACACAAUUUAAUUAUCCUAUCACUUAUAAAAAUCAAUGUGAUCAACUUAAUCAUGGUUUUAUUGAUAAUCAUGAUGAAUUUGGUGGUUCACCUGAUAUAUCUAUAUUAACAUUGAAUAGAAAAUUUAAUCUUAUGAAAGGAUGGAUUGAAAUUGGUUCAUUAAAUUAUAAUUAUUCAAUAAAUAAUACACAAGAAAAAAAUGAUGAGGAUUUUUUUGUUUUGGGUUAUGGUGAAGAUAAAUCAAUGGAAAAUUCAAUAGGUCAAUUACGUUUAGGUAUAAUAAAAUUAGGUGAAUGUCCAAAACAUAUUAAAAUACCAACAAAUGGAGCAAUUUGUUCUAAUAUUAAUCGUAAUCAUCAAGGACCAGAUGUUGGUGAUAGUGGUGGUCCUAUAUUUGAUAUCAAUGGACGUGUUAUUGGUAUUACAUCAAUAGCUGGAAAUGGUUGGUAUGUAUUUUCAAGUGUUACUACACACAAAACAUUUAUUCAACAACAUUUAUAUAAUGAUACUAUUAAUUCGACUACUGAUGGUAAUAAUAAUAAUAUUAAUACACUGAAGUAUUCCAAUUCAACAGAUCUUUCGUAA